GUGAAGUUAACCCAAAAGUCUAAAACCAAAACACACCUAUCAGAGAACCCAACAAAAUCAUCAAUAGUUUUCUUCUCCUUCUUUCUUCCUCUCUCUUCCUCUUCCCCCAUGUCUGAUGAACCUAGAGAUCAUUUUUACUACAAUCCCCCACUCAACAUCGAUGGCACUGAAACAAGCAUGUAUUAUAACCAAAGGGCUUCUCCAGUUUCUUCAGCUUUUGAUCCCAGUUCAUACAUGAGCUUGACUGAUUGUUUACACACCACUUCAUCCAUGGACUACACCUCUCUUGAGAAAGCUUUUGGGUUGUCGCCUUCAUCCUCCGAAGUCUUUUCUUCCAUUGAAGGCAAUCAGAAGCAGGCUAAGACUAUUGGCAGAGAUCUAGGCCGCACCAACAGUACUGAGAAUAUGACAACCACCACCACCACCACCCCAAAUUCCUCCAUUUCUUCCUCUUCUACCGAGGCUGGUGUUGAAGAAGAUUCCGAUAAGAGCAAGAAGAAAGAAGAGCAGCCAAAAAAAGAGUCAGAAGAUGGAGGAGAAUCCUCAAAGAAAGUGAACAAAACUAAAAAGAAAGCAGAGAAGAAGCAAAGAGAACCACGAUUUGCGUUCAUGACCAAGAGUGAAGUCGACCAUCUAGAGGACGGGUAUAGAUGGAGAAAAUACGGACAGAAGGCCGUGAAGAAUAGUCCAUAUCCAAGAAGCUACUACAGGUGCACCACACAGAAGUGCGCGGUGAAGAAACGGGUGGAGAGAUCAUUCCAGGAUCCAACCAUCGUGAUCACAACAUAUGAAGGCCAGCACAACCACCCACUCCCGACCACACUGCGGGGACAUGCAGGAGCUGGAUUUUUCCCACCGUCCAUGCUAGCGCCGACCCCAAUGGUAGGCGCCGCUUCAAGCUUCCCACAUGAACUGUUGAUGCAGAUUAAUCAAGGUCGCAUGAAUUUUAGCCAGGGCGGAGCAGUAGGAUCCAUGUAUGCACAAAAUGUUAGUCCUUUUCAUCAUCAGCAUCAUCAUCUUCAGCAAUAUCAUCAUCAGGAUCAUCAGGUUCCUGACUAUGGUCUUUUGCAAGACAUAGUUCCUCCCAUGUUCCUUAAACAUGAACCAUGAUUUAAUUAAUCUCUCCUUCAGGAAUUAAUCUUUUACUCAUUGUAUAUAUACAUUACAUGGUCAGCUAGCUACUUAAUUAGUUUACAUGAUAUAUAUUCUCUAUCUCUAACUUUUUGUUUUCUAGAGGCCAAGAAAUACUCUUUACUUAGUUAUUUGGUCUCUGAUUUAGAUUAAGAAAUGCUGGGAUUUAUGCUUAUGUAAUGGCAUAGGGUAAGGCUAAAAUAGUGGUUUUUUUUAAAGCCUAGUUUUCAAAGGAAUAUUGCAGGCUUGUAAUGGUACUAAUUGGGAGCAAUAUUUUAUGUUUGUUUUAUCAUUUGAAGUAGAGCAAGAUCCUCCACGCAAUUAUUGAAAGUUAAUGUGACAAAUUAAGUAUUAUCUUAAUU